AUGGAUGAAUGGAGGAUUUUGACUGAAGAAGUUUUACAGGACGUCUUGUUUCCAUAUGCUCACGAAAAUGUUGAAAGUUUCGUUCGUCAUCAUUUCAUUGAUCCAUCAGUGGCUGAGAUCAUAGACAAGCUGCGUCAAGCCUCUGAAGAAGAAGCCAAAAGUGACUCGAAUGUGAGGUUGGUGCGAGAUUCCGUGGAAGAUUGCAUAAGCGAUGUGACUCAUAAUGUGCGACAUUGGAUCGAAAUCGACAAAAAGGUCACAGCAAUGAAAGAGUUGCAAGGAGUGAUCUGGGAAGAAGCAUAUAAACAGGGACAUAUAAAAGGACAUGUAUACCCGGAUGUGUUUCCCAUACUUCGGUCGCUGUCGGUGCCUAUUUAUAUCUAUUCCUCUGGCUCAGUCCUUGCCCAAAAGCUGCUUUUUGGCCAUACUACUGCUGGUGAUAUGACAACGAUUCUUUCUGGAUAUUUCGACACGACCAUUGGACACAAACAACAAUCUGUUUCGUAUAAGAAGAUAUGCGAAGCAAUCCAUCUGAGUCCAGCUGAAGUUCUCUUCCUGACCGAUGUGGAACAAGGUAAUCGUUUACAAGGGAGAGAUUAUAGGCUAAGUGAUAAUGAAUGUAUUCUUUCUGGAUAUUUCGACACGACCAUUGGACACAAACAACAAUCUGUUUCGUAUAAGAAGAUAUGCGAAGCAAUCCAUCUGAGUCCAGCUGAAGUUCUCUUCCUGACCGAUGUGGAACAAGGUAAUCGUUUACAAGGGAGAGAUUAUAGGCUAAGUGAUAAUGAAUGUGUAUCGUCCGUGCUUGAGAACAAAAUCCGUCUGUGA